AUGCUGGACCGCCUUCUAGAGCCACCGACGGAUAUCAAUGAUACGGAUACCGAUGGCUGUACGGCGAUGUACUAUCUUGUCCAGCAUCUGGGCCAGAUCGAGGCCGCUCGCCAUUUAAUCAGCCGCGGCGCGGACAUGAGCGUAGUCAAUCACAUGGGAAACAUGCCUCUUCAUGAGUUGAUGGGAGGAACCAUGCUUGGACGUCUGAAUGAACAUGGGAAGUUUGAUCAUGCGCAACCAAAAGAUGCACCGGCACGAGCACGGGAGGAAUGGAUCAAAGUCUCGGUCGAGGCUGGAGGCUCCAUGCAUCAACCGAAUGCAGCCGGGCAGAGCCCGGCUCAGCUACUUGAUGAGCUCAACGAGAGGAGACAGCAUAAUCGGCAGGCAGAGGCAGCACGUGGAAGAGGACGAGGUCGGGGUCGAAGUUGA